AAAUAUACGAUACAUAAAAUCGAUUUAUUUUAGCCUAAUUCCUAAAAUUAUAACAUAUCCAUGAAUUAGUAAAUUAUUACGAUAAUAUUUAAUAUCAAAACGUUUUCGUAAUGAUUUUAAAUACGAUAUCGUACAUUUUUAUAUAAAGUUUGGAAUUUUAUUGAAAAGUAAGAAAGAAGGAAAGAAAGAAAGAACGAAAAGAUAUUAUUUUCCCGCCCGCCUACGCGCUUAAAAAUUAUCCUCUUCGAUGUCUUCUCACAAUACAAGUGACGUCUCUGGUUAUACACGUGCGCAGAAGUUAAUUCAUGGAUUAAACACGAUAAUAUCUUGUACAAUAGUCUUAAAGUAGAUUAUUGUUCAUUAUUUCUAUUGAAUGUGUUAUGUGGAGGAUAUUAAGAAAGCAUUAUGGAACAAGAAGAGAUGUUAACGUAUCAGGUAAUUAAUACCAUUGAACGUAAGACUUGUGAAAAUGAUGAUAUUGAGAAUUCUGACGAAAGUGAUAGACCAUCGGGUGAGAGAUGGGCUCCCGUUGGGGCUAAUGACGGGGACAAUGACUUUGGUGAUGAAUAUAAAUACGUUGAUAGUAUAGGAAACCUUUCAAACGACAUGGAAAGAUUAAAGAUUUUAGAAGAGGAACAAGAGAUGCUCAAUUCGUCUCUCAUAGCAUUGACUACACAUUUUGCACAAGUACAAUUUCGUCUACGACAAAUUGUAGACGCACCGACUAACGAAAAGGAGACAUUGCUCAAGGAAUUGGAAGAGUUUGCUUUUAGAGGUAUACCUGAUGUACCAAAUAAUUUAUUAUUUGAAAGCAGAUCUAAUACACCUAUUUCUCCAACGUCUUGUAAAGAUAAUCAGAUUGGAAGCAUGAUUAAUGACAUAGAUAUGGAAUCUAAAAUGGCAUUACAGAGAACUAAACAAAGGGAAUUAAUUAGUCAGUUAAAAUCACAAUUGGAAGAUUUAGAAAAGUAUGCGUACGAAAUGGGUGAUGCAGAUUUACCGCAAAGCGUUGUCUUAGAACGUCAAAGUAUAAUAAUCAAUCACUUGAAGGAAAAAUUAAAUUUCAAUGUAGACGAUUUAUGUAAGUUACCAGUAGAUGAUUUAAGGUGGCAAGUUGAUUAUGCAAUAAGUCAAAUAGUUAGCCCUUUGAAAAUGAAGGAACAAUUGGUGUCACAAUUGAAAACACAAAUUGCUGAUUUAGAACGUUUUAUAAAUUAUCUUCAAGGAGAAGUGAGUACGGAAACGUUGGCAUGCACAUGCGCUUGUCCGGUACAUACAAAUGGUUCUGGCUCAUUUAAUCAUACUAAAAGAUUUGGGAAAAGGGCAAUAGAUAACGAAAGUAAAACUAAAACAUUGAAUACUGUUAAAAAGGUCGUAACACUCUUACAUAUGUUUAUAAUAUCACAAUUGGGAUGUGGUAGCGAACGGGUACGAAGAAAUUUGAAUAAAAAUUCAAUAUAUAAUUGGCGUGAUUUAAGAACUAGAUUAGAUAUUGCAGUUGAGCACGUUUUAAGUACUAUAAUAGAAAACGAACAUCAGCUUGAGGAUGAUGACGUAGGUGGGGACGAAUACACAUCUGAUUCGGAUUCUGCAUCAACUCAUUGUAAUGCAAAACUAACAUCUGCCAUAAGGAAGCAUCUAGCAGCUUCCAUUAGAGAUUUGUUACAACAUGGUUUAAUGUCUGAUCUACGUUCUAACAGUGUAGUGCCAUUUAUGGGAUGUUUCCAUCAAAGAAGUCCUUCCUCUGCUAAUUUUAUGCAUGCUUGGGAACUUAUUUUAAAAUAUUACGAAAUAAAAAAUGGCCAUUAUUAUAAUUCCAGUCCGGCGCAAAAAUUAUCGCAAAGCUUUAAUUUAGAUCUUGUUGGUAAGGCUACAUCUGCCAAACAGAGUUUAUUAAUUACCAUAGGGAAUAUUAUUGCUUCGCAUAGCCCUUAUAAACGAAGCCGUGAUUCACAUUUUAAAGCAUUUAUAUGUGCAGCUUUAAAUGCAAAUAAGUUGGUGGUUUGGCUAAAGCUCAUUUUACAAUGUCAAUAUCUUUUAGAAUGUCAUUACACGUCAUGGAGUUAUGUAGUGAAAACAGGAUUUCAAGAUGCAUUUCAUACUCUCGACAAACUUACAAGAUAUAAGUUCGAUCUGCCAGUUGAUUUAGCUGUACGUCAAUUUCAAAAUAUAAAGGACGCAUUUUGAUUGAUGGAAAAUAAAGUUACAUCGAUUAUGA